GAGGAGAAUCAUUGCUUUCAGAUACAUGUUAGCAGGUAAGGAAACAACAAGAACAUGCCGAGAUCAGGGAUGGGAUGGCCGAGAUCCUCUCUGUGAAUCGGUGAAAUGUUCAGCACCUCCAGCCAUAGAAAAUGGGCAACUUGAAGAUGAGCCUUUGGAGAGUUAUGAUUAUUUAGAAGCAGUCUCCUAUAGAUGUAACAAAGGACUUAAUCUUAUAGGACAAUCAACACUUCAUUGUUCUGAGGAUGGAACCUUUAAACCAGAUCCGCCUAAAUGUUUUGAUGGGUGUCCAACGCCUACAAUUCCUAAUGCAAAAAGAAUCGGUGGAAAAUCACCCCCCUACAAACUGGGUAACUUUAUAGAAUACAAAUGUGAAGAUGGCUAUAAACUGGAAGGAGUUGCUUAUAUUUUGUGUGAAGCAAAUGGAUGGAGCCCUGAACCACCACAAUGCAUUGGAGACACAACACCUACAAGUACACGUAAGUAUUACAGCUCCAUGGGUUGUUGCACUGAUUGUGAUUGUUGUGAUUGUUUUGAUUGGUCUGGUUGUGGUUGGAGUGCUGUGUUACAAAAGGAAUCGGUGUUCAUGAAGUUGCCAUGGAGAAAGUCUGUGAAGCAUCUUGCAUGUAUAUAUCAUUUAAAUAAGCACUUCCCAGAAUUGUCAAAGGCUGACUAAUUUCUGGCAGCAAAUUCCUCCAUAAUCAGACCCACUGUUGCUUUGAAAAGCCCAGCUUAAUUUGAACAAACUCCUUUCUAGCAGUCGCUAACUUCACCCCAUGCUGUGCUCUGAAAGAGAUCUGUCUUCACAUAAGUCAGGUUGAUUUCACUUUUAUAAAGUGUUUGCUUGUCAUUUCUAACUUAAUUUUCAACACUGUUGAUGCAGUGAUCACUCUUCUGUUAAUGAUGUUGCUGAGAAUGUCUGAAGAUUCACACCAAAAGAAGUGCACUGACUGUCCCAUACCUCACUGAUUUGGUUGAGAGCUAAAUUUAGCAUGAAUAUUUAUGUAGAAAGUCUGAUCAAUUCUGAUUUAAAAGAGAUUAAUGUUUGAAUUUGUAACUAUUCCAUAGUAUUUGUGAAGUCAAUAAGGCUUAGUUUUAAUUUUGCCUAUUACUUUUCAUUUGGAUAAAACAGGAUGUAUAUAUUAACCUUCCAGUAAAUAUUCUGCAGAAUGUGAUUUGCAGUGCAGAUUUGAAAUGAAAUGUUUUGUCUAAUCCUGUUGAAGUACUUAGUGCCUUUUCAUUCUACUAGAGUUUUUGUUCAGGGUUGUCUAACACUAUGCGUAGAGCAGAAUUUGUUUAGGUUCUAAUUACAUUAGAAAUGCUUUGCUAUUGAUUACACACUUAGAUCUAAUGAAGAAAAAGAAAAGAGAAUUCAGUACUUUUCUUUCCUGUGAUCGUAGAUAUUUUUUUUGUAAAGUUUUGAUUUAAAAUGCUGUAAUUUAUCUAAUUUGCUUUUGCCAAAUUAAAGUCAUGUAAAAUUAUCUGUGGUUUAGUUCAGCUAAUAUUUUCUACCAUUUCUGUUAAAUUUGUCAAGUAAUUCAAUUUUAACAGCAAAAUCGUUUCCCAAAUAAGUGUUUUUUUUGUGUGUGUGUUGAAUUUGACUGCUUAACUGUUUUUUCAGCUUGCAAUUUCAAAUAUGUAUCAUACUGUUUUAUUGUAGCAAUUAGCUGUUGUUUGGAAUAAUGGUUUGGAACCACUACUUUGACUCUUUGACGGUGCAAACGCUGAAAUUCAACAAAGUUGAUCUUCUAUAAAUCCACCUCUUGCAAUUGUGUAUUUCACUGAGAUCUGUAGGUGCCUGGAUGGUCUCAAAAUAAAAGCUCCAUGGUCAAAACAUAA